CCACAGUCCACACCACUGGCGACAAUUUAUUUUUCUUCCCCGCUUAUGUCGAUGGCCGCCAUCCUCCCACCUUCUUUCAUCACUCCUUUCUUCUUUCUGAUGGUCGCUUCUUUUUUUAUUCCACCACUCCACCGCCAUAGCUUCCAUCAAGACAACUAUCAACAAAUUCACCCCCUUUCCUCUUCGUCGUACCACUGGUGCCAGACAAAAUCUUGUGUGACGUCCAGAAAUAGGAAGCGAUCCUGUUAUACACCACCGAUGAGGCGACGUAUGACGGGUGGGAUUGCCUCCUAGCACCACCGUUUCUUCCUCCACUUCCUUCUCUCCGGAUCUUUCCCUCUCUACGACGUCUUAUAUGGGUAGGUUUUUCUUGAUUUUUCCGCCCGUGAACCGUGCAUCCGAUUAACUCAUCUGGGUUUGCCAAAUUUUGACCGAGUCUAUACGGGUUUGACGAAUCCGAGUUAAUUCUUAAAACGGGUGGGUAGCACCCAUUUUGUCACCGGGCCCAGGUCAACCUGCGGGUUAACAACCUUACUCCAUAUUGAGUUGUUGUUUAUUACUCUGAUUCUCCAACUCUUCCUUUUUUGCCAGCUAUCUAAUAGCCCAGUAGUACCAUUUAGGGUGGAAAACGGUCCAAACCGGUCAAAUUGACCAGAUUUACUUGGUUAACAGGGAUCGAGUUUAUAUCAAUACUCUAACUGUAAAUUGGAUUGAAUUUGAUUUCAACUAUGACCGGACCAUACAGUUCCAGUCUCGAUCCGGUUUUAAACCAAAUAUUGGAAUCACUCACAUCCCCACAAACAUGACACAGUUUAAGCUUCUAUUUUAUUAAAAAAAAACACAUAAAACCCCAUCGACAUCUCCUCCAAUUCAAUUUCAAACUCACAAGAUCCCUAAUUCGGCUCCAAUUGAAUAUGUCUACCCCUAAUCCUUUCCAAAUUUUCUACUCUAAUCAGAAUAAUCUCAGAGGCGACGAAUAACGAUGACGAAGAAGACCAUCAACUGACUCUUCUCUACUAGUGGUGGGCUGGUCAUUGGAGGGAACUGAGAUCUAAAUACUAUGUCGUCAGAACAAAGACGAAGAGGCACAUAGAGAGGUGGAUGUCGUCGAUUGGUGAGGGAGUCGGAAGGAGGAAUGGACCGAGACCUAAGGUUGAGAAGCUACUCUAUGUGGCAAAGUGGCUAGUGGCAGUUGGCAGAGGUUGAGCAAUGCUCUCAGCCAAAGAGGUAUGGAGGUGGGAAGUGGAGUGGCGAGACUUACCCAGUUAUCUCGCGACAACCUUGGUUAAUGGUGAUCUUUGUUAUCAUUCGUGGACAACUGGUUGGUGGUCAUGGCCAAUGCGACUGGCGAGGCAAGAUGGGAAGACCUGGUGAGAGCUGGAAGUCUGGAACUAGAGUCAUCAUCAUUCGUCUUUAACCAAGUUCAUAGCUGGGGAUUGAGAACUAUGGAAGGGAGGGAUUAGAGUUGUGUUGCGGCUGCUAUUGUAAGGGACAUGGAGAGUCGAGAGGCAGAAUUCGUCACCCCUUAUUAGAAUUAGAAUUUGUUAGGUAGGAUGGGGUUGUGGACUGGCAGGUUUGUGGGCUAGCAGGGCAGUGGUCAUGGGCCUGGAGCAUCCAGUUUUCCAGAUUUAAACCAGAUCAUACCGAUUUUGAAGCCCAACCUCCUAACCAUCAAUUGGAUUGUAUGAUUGUCAAUCUGGUUUUUGGUUACAACUGAUCGACUUAAACCAUUUUGUUUCUGGUUUAACCAAAAAUUCAGGACCAAAUAGCCACCCCUAAUACUAUUGCUAGUGGAUCUUGAGCCCUGACUUAUGGCUAAGUGAUUUUCAUGUGAACCACUUAACGUAUUGGCUUUUGUCUUUCGUUUUUCUUUUUGCCAGGGAUGGCUUAUAUUACUCUAAAAAUAUGUUAACAUGAAUUUAAAAAUACAAUGAAAUAUUAAACAAAAUGAGAAUGAAAAUCCCGAUUAUUUGGCAGGCAUUCCAUGUUAGAGAGAAAUGACCUUAUAAGCCUAACACAGAAGGUCCAACCCAACAAAGGAGUCCAUUAGUGGAGCCAACCACAACAAGUCCAACCACGACCACACAACUGCACCAAUCAAAGUAUCACAAAGUAGGUAAUCGGCUCGCUUAAUAUGGGGUUUGGCAAUGGCAGUUGAAUACACAAUACCAUAUAGCCACCUCCUGGGGGGUCGUUCAAAGACGAUACCAUCGCAAUAAAUCUCGAGGAUUAGUUGAGGUGGAGAGGACAAUAACCGAACUACUCAAAUAUGAACAAAGGCAAGGAAACUGGAAACUAAAAGCACAUGGACGAAAGAGAGCAGAAGAGUACCUCCGUGUUGAAAGCUAAACACGAAAAGCCCAAAAAUUUAUAAGCAAAGCAAAAAAAAAAAGUCACAUGAAGAAAGAAAACAAAGCCCACAUCAUAAAGAAAUCAAAGCCAAUAUCCCAAGCAUAAAAUCGAAAUAAAAAGUCCAAUCGAAAUAAAACCAACACCACCAGAUAGAAGUCUGCAACGAAACAACACAACCAAAAACUAAAACUAAAAAAAAAAACAUAGCCAAAGCUCCAAGCUGAAGCGGAAAUACCACACAGAAAGCCUAAUCAAAAUAAAACCAACAUCACUAUGAAAAAAUAUGCAAAGAAACAACACAACCCAAGAAAGCAAAAGAAACCAUAGCCCAAACAAAAAUUUAAAUAUCAUAAAAAGCCCAAACGAAAAAAUAUCCAGCACGACCAUGUACAAGCCACACGCCGAGUGAAUAAAGCCCCAAAAAUAAAUAGGCAUACAACUCUAGUUGGUGGAGGAAACGUUGAACGAAAUCAUCGAAGAAGAGGAAGUCACCACUAAGGGGUCGUUUGGAGAAUAUGAAUUUAAAUCUAUAGAUUUUCAACAAUCUAAAGAUUCUAACUCUUCGGAUUGUUGAAAAUAGAUUUUAAAAUGUUUAUUGUUUGGUAACUGUGAUUGUUAACAUUCAAUGAAAAUAAAAAAAUUAUUUUUAUAUUAAAUAACGUGUUUAUCUUUAAUAAAAAAUUAGAGUGGUUCGAGAAAUAUUAUAAACUUUGUUAGUAAAUAUAUUUAAUAUGAUAAAUAAAUAAAAGAAAGAGAAAAGGUAGGAGGAAAAAAAAUCUCAAGAAUCAAGAUAUAGAAUCUCUCUGAUUAUGAGAGAUUUGAUAUCCAUAGAUUUUAGAGAUUUGAAAUCUCUAAAGCUAAAAUCCACAAUACAAAAAGCAACAAAAAAACAUAACUUUCUACAGAAUCUACGGAUUCAAUGAAUCCACGACCUAAAUCCCGUUCUCCAAACGAGCCCUAAGAAAGAAGCAAAACCAUUCCCCCGGCCGGAACUCUAAAAAAGUCUCCCUAGACUGCAGAAUCCAGAUCCAAGCAAAGAAAGCAUAGAACCGAAGAGAACAAAUUAGAAUAAAAUAAAACCCAUCUCUACAAGAAAAUUUGUGGAAAACUCCACUUCCAGAAUAAGAAAAGGCCACAGAGGGCUGGAAAAGACUAACUAUAGAGGACAAAGCAGUGAAAAGGGAGAAAACAGGAGGUGGGGAAAGGGGAAGUGCAAGAAGCACAAGAAAAUCUAGGCUACCUUCGUUCAUCAAGAAGAGCUAGUGGCAACUCUCGAAAGAAAACAUGAGAAAAUAAAUCGUUGGACUACAAAUAUGUUAAGAAAAUAUUGUUUCUUAAUAUGUAUAAAUGAAAACAGUGACAUUGUGAAAUAAAAACUCAGAUGAAAGCGAGUAAAGUUGAUAGAUAUGAAUUUCGGUUGUUUGAUACUCGGUUUUACUUGAAUAAUUUCUCAUUAGGUUUUUUUUAAUUACUCAAUAAUAUCUCCAUACACCGCUUAAGUAACGGCGGAGCGAGACCAAAUUCGAGGGUUCACCUGCUUGAGUCCUUUGAACCCUCUACAAAGAUCGCUAUUAAAUAUCUCCGAAAACACCAUAGUAGCCUCGAUAGAAUCGAACACAAAACCUGUCACUUCACAUAACAAAAGCCAAUUAAAAAUUUCAUCUCUAGUCUAUGUCACAUUUGAGGCUAAUUUCUCAUUAGUUAGGAGGAGACUGAAAACUUAUUUGUUGUUACUUUUCACAUUUUAUUUUUGUUGAAUCACAUUUUAUUUUCCUCUCUUCGUUUCUGUUUUUCUUUUACAGUAUCCGAAAUCAACAAGAAUUACGCCUCUCGUGUCCUCCGAGUCUCUUCCUAUCCCCGCUAGGCGCUAGCUACCUCUCUCUCUCUCUCUCUCUCCCCGUCGUCUAUCUCAUAACCAGUCCAAAACCCUAAUUUCACCUCUUUCUCAAGAUAUUCAGGUUCAGCACAUAAUAUUUGGGGAGGGAAAAAAAGAAAAAAAACUAAGAGGCAAAAGGCCUGAAGAGGAGCUAUACAACAAUUUUUUUCCCACAAUCCCUUUCCCCUUUCGCUUUCUUUCUGAUUUUCGCCUUCGCCCACUUCCUUCCGUGGUUUCCCCCGACUAUUACCUAUCGUCUGUGCCUUUCCAAUUUUGUUCUUCUUCUCUCUGGGAAGCGCCAUUGUUUUGGGUAGGGCGGGAUUGAGAAAAGUGAUAACAGACUCCACGAAAGGCUGUUUGGCAACGAAUGGUCUUUCACUCCGUCUGCGGUGGAGCUGUUUAAGCCUGCAAUCGUAGCCGGUGCUAGGGUUAGUUCGCUUCCCUUCCUUCUCUGUGGCCCAAAAUAUAAUCUCCGCCUAUUUUGGUGCAUCGCAUACAAUUUCCUGUUGUCCGCCUUCAAACCCUAGAACAUUGCAGUUACACGUAGGACUUGAGGGAGGGUUGUAUUGGCAGUGUGGUGGACUGCUAGGGGCUCUGCUUUCGGUGGAUUGGGGGUAUUGUUUCUGCAAGAGUCUUUCUCUUCGCACUGAUUAGUUUCAGUGGUCGUUCCCUUGGGUUAGGUUUUCAUUCAAAUGAUAGUACUGAUUUAUGGUGUUGAACCCUCGUUCGAGAAUCGUGGUAUUCUUUCGUUGAUGGUGUAGAUUCUCCUUCUGCCUCCCUGUUGUUGGACAUGGUGUCCUGUUGAGUGGUUUCCUGCUGGUGUGUGCCAAUCCAUCUUCUUGAUUGAGGAUGGUGGCGUAGGGAAGGUGGUGGUGGGAAGAGAGAGACGGGUUACGUUUCCACUUCAAUUCUGCUGUGUUGCAAGCUCGGUUUUGCCACUGCCUUUAUUAUUGCGCUCUGGGUUCGCAGCUGCUUUGAGAAAUUUUUGCUUUUCAGACAUCCGCGGGUUAAUCGUAUCGAGCAAUUUGAAAGAUACAAUCUCAAAAAAACGUUAAGGAAGCACACCAAAGUCUUUUAAGUCUUUGCUCUGGUCUGGUUUAGUGCCUGAGCGCAAAGGUUGUUUGUUGCGGAAGAGCAACAAGGGUGAAGUUUGGCAAACCAUUACUUUGCGCAGCAGGAUAAGCCUCUGGUUUGAGAGGGGUGCUUGAAGUUGAAGAAAACAUUUUCUUUCGCUUUAGUUUCUGAUAAUGUUAAGUGCUUAUCCUUAUGGAAAGAAGUGAACCCACAUUAGUCCCAGAAUGGUUGAGAACUACUGGAAGUGUAUCUGGAGGUGGCAGUUCUGCCCACCACUUUGCAUCUUCUUCUUCGCAUUCUGAUAUCUCUUCAUCCUCAAAUCAUUCGAGGACUCGGAACUCUAAGAGUACAAGUGAUUUUGAUUCCCCUCGUCUGGCAUUUUUGGAUCGAACAUCUUCAUCCAAUUCUAGAAGGAGUUCCAGUAAUGGGUCUGGGAAGCAUGCAUACAGUAGUUUUAGUAGAAACCAUCGUGACAAGGAACGAGAUAGGGACAAAGAUAGGUUGAGCUUUACUGACCAUUGGGAUCGUGAUCCGUCUGAUUCUUUGGGAAGCUUAUUAACUAUUAGGAAUGAGAAGGAUACAUUACGGCGGUCUCACUCUAUGGUAACCAGGAAACAGAGCGAUGUGUUAUCCCGUAGGGUUGCAUCAGACUUGAAGAAUAGAAGUAGCAGCAGCAAUCAUGUAAAUGGCAACGGCUUGAUAUCUGAUAGUGUUUUGGGAAGUACUGCCCAGAAGACUACCUUUGAGAAGGACUUUCCCUCACUUGGAACUGAAGAGAGACCUGUUGUGCCUGAUGUAGUCAGAGUCUCAUCUCCUGGUUUGAGCAAUGGUGUUCAGAGCUUGUCGGUUGGGAUUUCUGCUUUGAUUAGUGGUGAAGGGUGGACAUCUGCUCUUGCAGAAGCACCUCCCGUUGUUGGAACCGUUAGCACAGGGUCUGCACCUACUGCUCAAGUAAUUACUUCAUCUGGAUCUGCUGCUCCAACUGCCAUGGCUGGUCUUAAUAUGGCUGAAGCGUUGACUCAGGCUCCUUCAAGAGCUCGUACGACUCCACAGUUAUCUGUCCAGACACAAAGGCUUGAGGAAUUGGCUAUUAAGCAGUCGAGGCAAUUGAUACCGGUGACACCUUCCCUGCCUAAGAGUUCGGUUCUAAAUGCCUCUGACAAAUUAAAACCCAAAGGUGGUGUGAGAUCUGGGGAGAUGAAUAUGGUCAAGAAUUUGCAGCAGCAACCUCCUUCAUUUCUUCAUCCCACCAAUCAAUCUCUUAUUGGUGGGAAGUCGGAGGCACCAAAGACAACUCAUGGGAAACUUUUCAUACUCAAACCAGGGAGAGAAAAUGGGGUAUCCGCUUCUCCUAAGGAUGUUGCUAGUCCGACAAAUAGUACAGCAGGCAGAGUGUUAAAUGCUCAACAAGCUGCGGCUGCUGCUGCUACUUCAGUUGUUGCAUCUGUAGCUCCAAGGAGCCCAAUUAACCCUCCAAAGAUUUUCUCUGGGGGGGAGCGCAAGUCGAAUGCGAUGAUCCCAGGGUUUAGUAUCGAGAAGAAGCCUUCCUUGUCGCAGGCCCAGAGUAGGAAUGAUUUCUUUAACUUGUUGAAGAAGAAAACCUCUGGGAAUGCUUCUAUGGUGGUGACGGAUUCAUCAACUGGUGUAGUUUCGUCUGCUGGUGGGGAGGAGAAAUCAAAUGUGGCGCUGAGUAAAGAACCGGCUGGUGAUCUGGAAAGCUCUCAAGCUCACGGCGGUCGGUUAAGUAGUAGCAAUGGUGGUAGUACUGAACCCUCCGAGGAAGUUCAGAGAUUUUCCGAGGAAGAGGCUGCAUUCCUUCGGUCCCUUGGUUGGGAAGAAACUUCCGGAGAAGAUGAAGGCCUUACCGAGGAGGAGAUCAACGCUUUCUAUCAGGAGUACAUGAAACUGAAGCCAUCGUCGAAAGUGAAUGGGCAAUUGCAGUAGCAGAAGUUGGUUGAUUCUGUGGAGGGAACUUCAUCUUGGUUGAACUCUUCCGGCUCUGGUUCUGAAGAUUGAAGAUUUUUGUCACUAUAUUUGGAGAUGGAAGAUGAGAGAUAACAGGACUGGCAAUUUUUGAUGGGCAGACAGAUCACAGAUGGGUAGUAGUUCCUGUUUUUCGGUUCUUUUCAUUGUUUUUUUUUUAGGUUCCUCUUUUUAUUUUCCGGUGUUGGGAAGAAAGCUGAUGUUGUUACUAUAGGCAGGGGGGAAGGAAAAGGGUGGGUUGCCGUUUUGCAAAUAGUGCAAUAAAGAAAAGAGAGUAGUUGCCUCUGGUUCUCUUCUUCGCUUGCUGCUGCUGCUGCUGCUGUUGUCUAGGAGGCAAAUUUUUUCAUCAAGUUAUUACGGUCUACACUUGUCAGUAGUCUCUCCCUCGUAAAUCUCACACACAGUUGGAUUUUUUGGGGGAAGAAAGAAAGGAAACCGGUAAAGGAAUGGCCGGCGGGUGAAUAGGCCGCCGUGGGUUGGGCCGGAAAGGAUUACAUCUUUUGGCUUUGGGGAUACUUUGUCUCUUAUAUAAUUUUUUUUUUUCAUUCUACAAGGAAAAGCCAGCUUCUUUCUCGUGUUCUUUUGUCAAUUUUUUGCUCAAAAGGAAAAGAAAUUUAGAAGAAAGAA